UGGUUUCAGGGUUUCUUCGAUUGUAAUGCCAGCAAAAUUCUUCUCCCCGUAGAGGGACUCCGUCGGUACAGUUCUCCAUCGUCUAUGGUUUCUAAGACUUAUAUCUCUCCGAAAAUCGGCUCAGAGAGGGAGAAUGGGAACCUGGUGAAGAUGGAUUCCACGGAAUCUCGGUGGGUCUUCCAGAACGACGAGGAGGACGGCUCGGAAGAAGAAGGGGAGGAAUCAUCGCAUCGAACGAGUUACGAGUCAGAAGAAGAAGAUAAUGUGGAGCAGCGGCUGAUUAGGACCGGUCCCCGGAUCGAUUCCUUUGACGUGGAGGCCCUCGAGGUCCCCGGAGCCCUCAGGAACGAGUACGAGGAGUUUAGUUUGGGCAGGAACAUUGUACUUGCUGUCCAGACACUUGGAGUGGUAUUUGGGGAUGUCGGGACCAGCCCACUGUACACUUUUGAUGUGAUGUUCAACAAAUAUAGUAUUAGUGUGAAAGAAGAUGUUCUUGGAGCACUCUCUCUCGUUUUAUAUACUUUGAUUCUGAUACCUCUGGUGAAAUAUAUCUUCAUUGUUCUCUGGGGUAAUGAUGAUGGCGAAGGGGGCACAUUUGCUUUGUAUUCAUUGAUAUGCAGGAACACAAAGGCAAGUCUUCUCCCAAACCAGUUGCCUUCUGAUGCUCGCAUAUCAAGUUUCCGGCUCAAAGUCCCAUCACCAGAGCUUGAGAGGUCUCUAAAGAUUAAGGAAUGUCUUGAGACUUCAUUAACAUUGAAAAAGCUGCUUCUAAUGCUGGUGCUCUUUGGCACGUCCAUGGUCAUAGCAGAUGGAGUUGUCACCCCUGCAAUGUCAGUCAUGUCAGCUGUGAGUGGACUGAAGGUUGGAAUAGCUAGUGUCGAACAAGAUGAAGUGGUGAUGAUUUCGGUUGCAUUUCUUAUAGUCUUGUUCAGUGUACAGAGGUUUGGCACGAGCAAAGUGGGGCUUGUAGUGGGCCCUGCUUUGUUCAUAUGGUUUUGCUCUCUUGGGGGCAUUGGGAUCUACAACCUCCUUAAAUAUGGCACUAAAGUUUUGAGGGCAUUUAACCCUGUUUACAUUUAUCAUUUUUUUAAGAGAAAUCCCACUCAGGCUUGGAUGUCUCUUGGGGGUUGUCUUCUAUGUGCAACAGGGUCUGAGGCAAUGUUUGCUGAUCUUUGCUACUUCUCUGUUAGGUCAGUUCAGUUCACCUUUAUGUUUCUGGUUCUGCCUUGCCUUCUGCUGGGAUACCUUGGUCAGGCUGCAUUUCUUAUGGAAAAUUUAACUGAAAAUCAGCAGAUCUUCUUUUCAUCGAUUCCAAGUGCAGCUUUCUGGCCAGUCUUCUUCAUAGCCAAUAUAGCUGCAUUGAUUGCAAGCCGAGCAAUGACAACAGCAACAUUUUCAUGCAUAAAGCAAUCAAUAGCUCUUGGUUGCUUUCCACGCCUAAAAAUUAUUCACACGUCUAGGAAGUUCAUGGGCCAGAUAUAUAUUCCAGUGAUAAACUGGUUUUUGCUGGUUUCCUGCCUGGCAUUUGUUGGCACCUUUGGUAGCAUCAAUGAGAUUGGCAAUGCAUAUGGCAUUGCCGAGCUUGGAGUGAUGAUGAUGACUACAGUCUUAGUAACUAUGAUUAUGCUUCUGAUAUGGCAGAUUAACAUCAUAAUUGUGUUAUGCUUUCUCACCUUCUUUCUAGGGGUGGAAUUACUUUUCUUCUCUUCAGUUUUGGGCAGUGUGGAAGAUGGAAGCUGGGUCUUAUUGGUCUUUGCAGCAGUAUUGUUUAUGAUUAUGUAUAUAUGGAAUUAUGGCAGCAAGCUGAAAUAUGAAACUGAAGUAAAACAGAAGCUUUCAAUGGAUUUGAUGAUGGAGUUGGGCUGCAACCUUGGUACCAUUAGAGCUCCUGGAAUUGGCUUGGUUUACAAUGAGCUGGUGAAAGGAAUCCCUGCAAUCCUUGGUCACUUUCUGACCACCUUGCCAGCAAUUCAUUCGAUGAUCAUAUUUGUGUGCAUAAAGUAUGUGCCAGUUCCUGUGGUGCCUCAGAAUGAAAGGUUUCUCUUUCGGCGGGUCUGCCCGAAAAGCUAUCACAUGUUUCGUUGCAUUGCUAGGUAUGGCUACAAGGAUGUACGCAAAGAGCAUCACCAGACGUUUGAACAACUUCUAAUUGAGAGUCUUGAGAAAUUUAUACGUCGAGAAGCCCAAGAACGUUCCUUAGAGAGCGAUGAGGAUGAUGACACAGAUGCGGAAGAAGAGCAAACAUUUUCCAGAGUUCUUGUAGCUCCCAAUGGCAGUGUGUAUUCUCUCGGUGUUCCACUCCUUGCUGAUUAUAGCUGCAUUCAAAAGCCAAGCUCGGAAGCAAGCACUUCCUUUGAUGAACCUUAUGGUGAAGCACAGUCAGAUUCAGAACAGAGCCUUGAGCGGGAACUAUCAUUCAUACACAAGGCUAAAGAGUCGGGGGUUGUUUACCUUCUCGGACAUGGUGACAUAAGAGCUAGAAAGGACUCCUGGUUUAUUAAGAAGCUGGUUAUAAAUUACUUUUAUGCAUUCCUGAGAAAAAAUUGCAGAAGAGGGAUCGCAACAUUAAGUGUUCCCCACACAAAUUUGAUGCAGGUAGGCAUGACUUACAUGGUGUGA